AUGAAGUUCUCCGUCGGCUUACCGCUCAUCUUCUCCAUGGCGGCCUUCGCGCUCGCUCUGGUGGCCCUGCUCGCAGGCAAAGACCCGGGCAUGUUGGAGGAGUACCACAUUGUACUCUUCAACACAUCCACUCUUGGCCACGACUUCAUCUCCGAACUGGUCGGCGGUGACGACAAUACUUCCUCUGCAUCGGCCACAGCGACUCCCACGCCCACGUCUACUUCUGACGGCGGUGGAUUAGGGGGUUGGUUCAGCUCCAUCAAGGCGUCCGCAACGGCCAUUGCCGGUUCCCUCGAGAGCGAGGCCGCCAGCAUCCUGGACGACAUUGGCAAUGAUGUUGCCGACAAGCUAGCUGACGAGCUGGGCAUCGAGCAGUUCUACAGCCUGCAUGUGAUGAACAUGUGCGAGGGCAACUAUGCCCCGAAUGCCACUGCCAGCAAUGCCUGGCAAAACGUGACUAACUGCACCACUCCCAUGGAUUUCUCAUACAUGAACAUCUCCGCCAUGCUCGACAAGGAGCUUUCAGUCGGGCCCUUCAACAUAAGUCUGUCCGACUUGGGCAUUACGGAAGACCUGCAAGACCAGCUGAAUAACCUCCCGAAGCUGUUCGAAGCCCUUGCGAUCAUGUAUAUCCUGGGUGUUGCAUUCUCAGGUCUCGCCAUACUCACAGCAGCGGCCGCACUUUUCAUUAUUCCCUCGGGAGGUCGGAAAAUCCCUCUUUUGAACUUCCUCAUCGCCGCUCUGGCAAUGUUGUUCCUGCUGGUCGGCAGCCUCUUGACGACUGUUGGCGGAAAGAAGGCCAAGGACGAAAUCCAAAAGAGGGGUGGCGAGGACAUCGGCCUCGACAUGGAACUAGGCACCAAGUUCCAGGCCCUCAGCUGGGCUGCCUUUGCGCUCAUGGCACUCGCCACCUUCUAUUGGAUCUAUGAGACAGGCGCCGUCCACCGAAGCCGCAGGAGGACGGGGGCUGGUAGCUUUGGGCGUAGGCGGGCCAAGGACGAGAAAUACUCCAUGGACUCGCACCACAACGGCCGUCAUUGA